UGAACACCGUGGAUGUCCGCAUUCCAUAGGAGCGCACAUGCAGACGGAGCAGGGCAGUGCAGGAGCCGAUUAUAUGACCGGCCAAGUCACCCUGUAAAUAGUUCUUACUGGUACAACUGGCACACUGUGCUGUACAUUUCUGUACAUAUUUCGUUAAAAGAAAGACAAUUAAAAAGUUAUAUGCUGUUUUAUACUUUUCUCGUAUUUUUUUCUCGUAAUAUCCUUAUGGAAUGACUUGUAGCUAGCUACCUGCCUAUGACAACCGAUUUAAAUGUGAGAGGUGUACCGACAUCCAAAACGAUAGCCAACUACACACAAUUUGAAUCGUAUCCUUUGGAAUACGUUAAUCAGUGUGGCAUCAUGGUGAUCGUAAAGGAGAGAAGCCCGGGGUCCCAGCCCAACCAUACUCAUGGAAGGCCUCUACAGGUCGGCUUCUACGAGAUCAUCCGCACACUGGGGAAAGGAAACUUCGCUGUGGUCAAACUGGCAAGGCACAAAGUCACCAAAACACAGGUGGCCAUAAAGAUCAUUGACAAGACCAGACUAAACCCAUCCAACCUAGAGAAGAUCUACAGAGAGGUCCAGAUCAUGAAGCUGCUGAACCACCCCCAUAUCAUCAAACUCUACCAGGUUAUGGAGACUAAAGAUAUGCUGUAUAUUGUGACAGAAUACGCCAAAAAUGGAGAGAUGUUCGACUACUUGACCUCAAACGGGCGCAUGAGCGAGAAUGAGGCACGGAAGAAGUUCUGGCAGAUCCUAAUGGCGGUGGACUACUGCCACAGGCACCACAUCGUUCACCGUGACCUCAAGACUGAGAACCUGCUGCUGGACACCAAUAUGAACAUCAAAUUGGCCGACUUUGGAUUUGGAAACUUCUACAACUCAGGCGAGCCCCUGUCUACGUGGUGCGGCAGCCCCCCCUAUGCAGCACCCGAGGUGUUUGAGGGGAAGGAGUACGAAGGGCCACAGUUGGAUAUCUGGAGUUUGGGUGUGGUUCUGUACGUUCUCGUGUGCGGAUCCCUUCCGUUCGACGGGCCUAGCCUUCCCGCCCUCAGACAGAGAGUCACAGAGGGGCGCUUCAGAAUCCCCUUCUUCAUGUCUCAAGACUGUGAGAACCUGAUCCGUAAGAUGUUGGUGGUGGACCCAACCAAGAGGAUCAGCGUGGCCCAGAUCAAGCAGCACCGCUGGAUGCUGGCUGACCCCACAGCUCCUAACCAGACCCUCAGUAUGGCACUGCCCCUCACAGACUACAACUCCAACCUGGGGGACUACAGCGAGCCCGUCCUGGGCAUCAUGCAAACCCUGGGCAUCGACCGCCAGAGGACCAUCGAGUCUCUGCUGAGCAGCAGCUACAACCACUUCUCAGCCAUCUACUACCUGCUGUUGGAGAGGGACAGGGAGCACCGGGCCUUGCAGCUCAGUCGCCAGUGUGGACCCUGGACCCAGAAACCCAGGAACACCUCCGACUCCGGUACCCCAGAGGUCAUCAUGGAGGACAGCUUCAGAACUUCAGCCUACCCCAUUCAUUGCAAGACCACCCCUCCCAUGCAACCGGAGAUGGAAUAUGACCAAGGUGCAUUGUUCCAGCGUGUGGUGUUCCCGGUGGAAGCCAGUCUGAACCAACUGCUGUGUAACCGCUCCAUCUCCCCAAACAGCCUGCUGGAGACCAGCAUCAGUGAGGAGGUGCGGCCCCGUGACUUGGAGGAGGUCACAAACACCUGCUCAUCCCUCGUCCUGCCCACCACCACCACCUCCCGGCGACACACCCUGGCCGAGGUCUCCCCUCACUUCUACCAGUGCAAUCCCCCCUGCAUCGUGGUCAGCCUCUCCGACGGUGCAUCGUCUGACAGCUGUCUGAAGUCCUUGUCCACCCCCAACCCUGCCCUGCGCCCUUCUGUGGGGGGGCUGUCAGCCAUGCCAGCCUCUGGGACUGACCCCAGGGUGCUGGUCUCUGCCGGUACCCAGCUGGCCCUCUCCUCUCAUCUCCUCCCCCAGGCCCAAGCUUCCAGCUUCCAGGAGGGCCGCAGAGCCUCUGACACCUCCCUAACACAAGGUCUUAAAGCCUUCCGCCAACAGCUGAGGAAGAACACGCGCACUAAGGGUCUUCUGGGUCUGAAUAAGAUCAAUGGUCUGGCAAGGCAGGUCUGCCAUCUGACCUCCGACCACAGUAGCCGUGGCAGCCGGGGAUCAAUAGGCCCCACCAUCAAUGAGCACUGCAGCAUGCUGGAGGAAGUUCUGCAACAGCAAAGAAUGCUCCAGAUCCAGCACCAGCCCCAGGCUCCUCAGUCAGCAUCUACCCAGAACCCUCUGCACUUCCUGUCCCAGCAGCAGCCCCCCUCCCCCACAUCCGUUUACGCCACCUCAACCCUGUUUGACACCUCCGCCUCCUCCCUCCCCCAGAGGGAACAUCAACACCCCCUUUCCCCACACCAGAGUCUCCAGGCUCUCCAGCACGCCUUCUGGCAGCAGCCUUUGGAGUCAUCUUCCUCCUCCUAUGGCUCCUCUUCCUCCUGCUCCGCAUCAUCAGCCUCCUCUACCUUCCUCUCCCCCGUGGCCUCCGCUGCUUACCUCCUCGAGGCUCGCCUGCACAUCAGCCAGCAACCCAGCCUCCAUCCCCAGACCAACCUACACUACCAAUCCCAGGCCCAGAGCCAGGCCUUCACCCAGGGCCCCUUACCCCUCAUGGCCAGGCAGGGGAUGUGGAGCCUGGAUUCAGCCUCCGGGAGAGAGUCGGAGAUGCAGGAGCUGAGCCUGGGUGGGCAGCUGAGCAGCUGUGUGAUGGUGAAGUAAUGGAGAGAAAGAAAGGCCAAACAGGAAACAACAAAUUCCUACUAGACCAGAGUACUUGUUCUGUAUGGCAACCAGAGUAAAAAUGUCAUGGUGAUGUCAUCACUGAUGAACAAGAAGGGUGAGCACUUUUUGACAGUGGGAACAGAACUUUGAGCUGUGGAGUUGCUCACAGAUCAUCAGAUGAUGAGAAGAUGAUAGGACGACAGAACAAAUUGUCCAAAGUGUGAAAAGAGAACUAUUGGGGAGAACUAUAUGAAAAACUGAGCAUAGAGUGGACAGAUUUUUUUAAAUGAUGAAAGUGACAAAUCUAAAUUCUGUUGAACAACAUGCAAACACUCACAUCUAGGUGUGUGUAUCUGUGUGUGAUCACAUAAGCUGACAAUUAAGCAAUAACAAAACUCUGGAGAGGUGACUGUGCUCUUUUCGGAUCCCCAGAGAAGCAAUAAAGGUCUGGGACCACCUCAACGCAACACUGUACCUGUCCUUUCUCCCUAAUAGGGAAUCCAACUCACCCAACUCAUUUUCUGGAGGGGUGUGUGAAGGACUAAUCUUAAAAAACAAUGAGGAGUGGUAUCAAUGAACCAGAUGAGGUCAUGUAAGAACUAUUUCAACAGUUUCUUCAGUUAUUUUGUUUGUUUGAAAACAGGAGGAUCUAGUCUUCCUGAUUUAGUUUGUUACUUUUUCAGUUUUGCUCACUGUAUAGAGACUUUUAUUACAUUUCAUUGUUUUUUACUUUAUUAUUUUUUUAAACGAUUUGCCUUUUGGAGAAGAUAUUACUUUGUGGCAAUCCUACAAGCAUUCAGCAUCAGAACAAUUUUAAUCUUCAAACUUUCUUUGAACACAAUGUUACAGUGAUUUGACAAACUGUGAUUUGUUUGUGCAAGAUUCUAGCUGCGCUAAUGCUGCUUUUACCUCAGAAGAAGAUAAAACCUGGUAUAUCUUGAUCAGACAAAACUGAAUAAAAAAUAUACUUGCUGAGUGUCUAAAGCACAGUAGGUAUUGCUAUUAGCAAGCUGUGUGUGUGUGUGUGUGUGCCUUACAAAAAGGUUGAUUUCAAUUUAUAAUUUAUACUUAUAUAUGGUUACUUUCUAAUCAUAUUCUCUCUGCUGUUAUGUCAUUUUGGUGAGGAAUCCUCAACCAUGCUAUUCUGCUGUUUUAUCACUACCUUCUCAGGUAACCAAGUCCCAAAAAUGUGGAAACAUUGUCUAAACUGAAGAUCCUGAAGACCUACAGUAUGAGCAUGAUGUCAUUCCCUAUCAGAGGAAAACAAGACUUUAACCACUUUUAUUUUCACUUGAUGUAUAGGCUGUGUGUAGCUAUAUGCUGUACUACUUUCACAUAGCCAGAACAAAGACUAUAAUGCAAUAUUUCACAUUGAAAUGCAUAGGAAAUGAGAAAUGAAACGCUGACAGGAUCGUACAUUACUUGCCUGCUGGCAUUUAUUCGAUUUCUUUGAUUUUAUUAGUAAAUUUUUUCAUUUUUGUAUGAUUGUAAGAGAUUUUAAAACCUUUUGGAGGGCGCUAGCUGAGUAGAUCAGGUACCUGAACGCUUCUGUUUUUGAUGAACAUGAACAUAGAUAUGAAUAGAUUUAAAAGAAAGGACCCAAACCAUUUCAUAGUGCUUUUCCUCUUCACAUCACGGUUGCCUCUGCCAUUGUAUAAUGGCAGAACUAGAGAUAAGCCAAAGAGAGAGCAGAGUAAGAGAAAGAAGCACUGCUUUCCAGCAAAUGCUAGCUAGCUAGUGCUUUCAUGGCAUACUCUGUGUGGCUCCUGCUAUGAGCUUCUGCCACAAGAUGCGAAGGUGUUAAAUUCCCCUAGCAGUUGGGUUCCAGGACCAUGGCUGUAUUUGUUUUUGUAUUUUCUAAGAAAAUAAGAAAAGAAAUGGAAAACUUUUUUUUUUGCUGUAAUGUGAGUUUUUCAAUUGAUUGGCCGCAGGUGGUAGAGGUCGCUAGCUAGAGGUUAAUACAACGUACUUAGGUGUAUGUGUUAGGCCUAUUUAUUUUUAGAGAAUGUGUUUGAAACAGCACCAUUUACUUCAGCUGUUUACACCAUGAUAGCGGUGGACCUUUGUUAUUUUGGUUAGUUUGACCAUAUCUGUGAAGUGUCUUCUUUUGAACAACAUGUUGAAGAGGAAAAGUGUUGGAAGCCUGAAGCUUAAAAGUUGUUUGAUCGAUUUCUCUCUGAAAUAAGCAGUGUUAAUAUUUCUAAAUGACAUUAUAUUUUGCUUGAUUACACUCACCAACAGUGCUUGUGCCUUCUUCAGAAGAAAACCCUAUGAUCAGAGUAACUCUCUUUUGUCCAAUCAGCACAAAGAGAAAACAGCUGGGCCCAUAAGACCCAGAUCUGCUACUUUUGCUGUAUUAAAGAAAAAAAUAACUUUACAAUGAAUAUAUCUCAUUUCUGAAAUAUGUUUAGUUUCUCCUGUUGGUCCAGAAAACUCUUCACAAACUUAGUUUGACCAAACUAUUGAAAACAAAAUAACCUUUUUGACGCAUAUCUGUAAGAUGUCCUUUUUGGUAAAAUGUUGGAUAUGAAGAAAUAUGCGUUUUGAUUUUCCUGAUUUUCUACUUGACUGUGUGUGUGUGUUUGUAUGAAUGUUAUAUGAAAAUAAAGAUUGUUUAUUUGUGUGGCUAAUUUAUUUGAAUAAAAGAUGAAUAAACAUGAA